UCAGCAGCCAGAAAUUUCCUUCUCCUUGAAAGCCCUUCCGAGAGGUCGUUUUACACCCACACAAACAAGACCUUCUCAAGCGUCCCGGACACGUCAAUAGUUCAUUUUGGGGAGGUGAGUGCCGGGAGGCGGCGGCGCUGACUCUCCGGAGCCUGGCUCCGCGCCUCUGCUCCCGGAGCUGCCGCCUGACUGGGGACAGGGACAACUGUCGCGCUCGAGCCUCCUCCGUAGACCCCUUCUGAGAAGGUGCCCCGAGCCAUGGAGGGCGCAGAGCUGGCCGGGAAGAUUCUUUCCACCUGGCUGACGCUGGUGCUCGGACUCAUCCUCCUGCCUUCGGCCUUCGGCGUGUCUUUGGGCAUCUCCGAGAUCUACAUGAAGAUCCUGGUGAAAACCUUAGAGUGGGCCACAAUACGAAUUGAAAAAGGAGUCCCAAAGGAGUCUGUUCUUAAAAACUCAGCUCCUGUUGGUAUUAUCCAGAGAGAUGAGUCACCCAUGGAGAAAGGGCUGUCUGGUCUUCGAGGAAGGGACUUUGAGCUGUCUGACGUGUUUUAUUUCUCCAAGAAGGGAUUGGAAGCCAUUGUGGAAGAUGAAGUGACCCAGAGGUUCUCCUCAGAGGAGCUAGUGUCAUGGAAUCUCCUCACAAGGACCAAUGUAAAUUUCCACUACAUCAGUCUGCGGCUCACGAUGGUGUGGGGGCUGGGCGUCAUAGUACGCUACUGUGUCCUCCUACCUCUGAGGGUUGCCUUGGCUUUCAUUGGGAUCACUCUGUUGGUUAUGGGAACUACACUCGUGGGGCAGCUGCCAGACAGCAGCCUCAAAAACUGGCUGAGUGAACUGGUCCACCUGACUUGCUGCCGGAUCUGUGUGCGAGCCCUCUCUGGUACCAUUCAUUAUCAUAACAAGCAGUAUAGACCCCAGAGGGGAGGCAUUUGUGUUGCCAACCAUACCUCCCCAAUAGAUGUUUUGAUCUUGACAACGGAUGGAUGCUAUGCUAUGGUUGGUCAGGUUCAUGGAGGAUUGAUGGGAAUUAUUCAGAGAGCUAUGGUCAAGGCUUGUCCACAUGUCUGGUUUGAACGCUCAGAAAUGAAGGAUCGGCACCUGGUUACUAAGAGAUUAAAAGAACACAUUGCUGAUAGGAAAAAAUUACCCAUAUUAAUCUUUCCUGAAGGAACUUGCAUCAACAACACUUCAGUCAUGAUGUUUAAAAAGGGAAGCUUUGAAAUUGGAGGAACCAUACAUCCAGUUGCAAUUAAGUAUAACCCUCAGUUUGGUGAUGCAUUUUGGAACAGUAGUAAAUACAACAUGGUGAGCUACCUGCUUCGAAUAAUGACCAGCUGGGCCAUCGUCUGUGACGUCUGGUACAUGCCCCCCAUGACCAGAGAGGAAGGAGAAGAUGCAGUCCAGUUUGCUAAUAGGGUUAGGUCUGCUAUUGCUGUACAAGGAGGAUUGACUGAGCUUCCUUGGGAUGGAGGGCUGAAGAGAGCAAAGGUGAAGGACACCUUUAGGGAGGAGCAACAGAAGAAUUACAGCAAGAUGAUCGUGGGCAACGGAUCUCUCAACUCGGAAUCGGAUUGAAUACCACCCUGGAGAUAAAACCUGGCGUCCCAGAACUAGCCCUUAGAAG